GUCAUACGGGCAGGACAACGUGCAUUAAAUGAGAGCAGUGCGCCUUCUCCCCCAACCAAGGUUGCGGUAAAGGGGAGAUUGAGGGAGCCAUUUGCGGAGUUGCCGUAAAGUGAAGAUUGAGAUGGCCGGGGCAGAGGCUGGCUUCGGGAUGGGCUCCGUGCGCCGCUCUCGUAGGUUGAGCCGGGCUUCAGGAGAGGACUCUGGUGGUAGUUGUUGGACAGAUCGAGGAGGUGGAGGCCGGCGAGAAGCAGGGCAAGACUCUCCAAUUCCUUUCCCUUCGCUAGAGGUACCGGUAGUACUGUAUAGUUGCAUGAGCCCUAGGACAGUGCAUGAUGAGUUGCAGGGUUUAGAUGAGGAAAAAAUUGGAUUGCUACGCGAGGUAGGUCUAGGUGGAUUGAUGAGUCUGCCGAGCAUCAAGGUUGUAGAUCGUGGUUUGUCACUGUGGUUGUUGCGUAGAUUAAGGCCAAAGGACAUGAAACUGCAGCUAGGUGACAAUAGUUUCGCAGCUAUCAGGGAGCAAGACAUCAAUAGGGUCCUAGGAAUUGUCAGUGGAAGAGAGUUGGUUAGCAAUGUGCAUUCAAGUUUAGUUGAGCAUAAGGUGAAGCGGUUGUUGGGAGUUCAUGUACUGAACAUUAGCAGUGUCAGAGGCGUUCUUGAGAACCUAAGAAAUAAGAGUGGACUCAAUUCGGAGGAGAAGAAUGCAUUCCGGGUGGCGGCUGUUUUGGUUUCAUUCGGUUAUAUGUUGUGGGCAAACAACCGUGGUGGAGCUACGAUCUGCAAAGAACUACUCAUUGCUUGCUCAAUUCCAGAGAAGUUGCGCAUGACCAAUUGGGCAGAAUUCAUACUACGGACACUGAGCAGCUCAGCAACAAAAAUCCAAGCUGAUCUGAGAGCAGGUGCUGGUAGUGUGCUCCUAGGAGGUUGCUUGAUUUUCCUACAGAUCUUGUACUUGGAUUGCUUGGAAUUUGGAGUAUAUUCUGUGCCUGCAAAUACCCUCCCACGCAUAGCAGGCUACACAGCAGAGAAGCUUCGAGAGUUGAUAAGGAUGGAUAAGUCGAAUCAGGGUGGUGGAGCAGCUGCAACUUUUGGUCAAAUAAAGAGAAGAAGGGAUGCGGUGACACGAAGUCAGGGUAAGGAGAAGAAUGUACCAGAUGCAUGUAGAGGGGAAGGUGAAGGGGGCGGGCCAGCGGAUUCAGCGAAGAUGAUGAACAUGGCCGAUAGAGCAGAAGUAAUGGCAUUGCUAGAGCAGAGAGACAAUUCGCUGUUGAGAAAUUUGGCAACACAACUGGACGUGAGACGUCGUGAGUUAGUUAAGGAAAUAUUUGGGCAGACUUGCAGUACAGGUGCAAACAAGGUAGGGAGUGAACAAAAUGUUUCAUCGUCAGUGGCACCAACUAGGUGUGGUGCUAAACUUGACAUUGGUAUAUCAGGAGACAAAGAUGCAGCAGGUAUGUAUGUAUCCGUGGUUGGGAAUUGGUAA